UAAAAAUGGAAGAAAGUUCUAAUUUUCUUAAGGAAAUUGAAGAGGUGAAUAAGGCUAAAGCAAAGCCCAAGAUGUACAAAGAGAGCAGCUUCAAGGGUUCCUCUAAAAAGAUGAGCAGCAUCCCUGAACAGCUUGUAGUAUCAGAUAGCGAUGAUAGUGAAGAAGAGAAAGAUGUCAUGAUGGAAUCAUCUGAUAAGAUUGGUGAAAUGCCCAUGCCACAAGCCAUGUUUGCUCAACCUCCCAAAUUCUCAGGUAGAGUUAAGGCAUCUAUCCCAGUGCCAGACUUCCCUGAAGGCGCUAAACCCAAGGUUCGUAAGGUGGGAAGAAACUAUGAUCCAAUAUCUUGGGAAGAGGUGUUCGAUCACAGAGAAAUGAUUGAUGACACGAUUCCUAUCUAUUUUUCGGGAGAAGAUGGUCCACUUAUCUUCUGUAUUCAUGGAGCAGGUCACUCAGCCCUCUCCUUCGGCCCAUUGGCUAGAGAAUGAAAGGACUUCGCCAGAGUAGUCUCAUUUGACUUGAGAGGUCAUGGGGGUCACUUUAUUGAAGACGAAAAUAAUAUGCCAAUCGAGAUUUUACUUCAAGAAGCUAAAUUCGUUCUCAAAUAUGUAAUUGAGAAGUUUGAAGAUGCCUCAAUAAUCAUCUGUGGCCAUUCACUGGGAGGAGCCCUUGCUGCAAAGCUUGCAUAUUCUAUAGUCCAUCCAGAAGAUGAGGAGGAGCCUGAAUUUGAUCCAAAACAUAUCACAGGACUUUUUGUCAUCGAUGUUGCUGAGGGCUCAGCAAUUGGAGCUUUACCUUUCAUGGAACAGAUCGUUGAGAGCAGACCCUCAGAGUUUGACUCUGUAACUGAUGCUAUCAAAUGGGGCAUCCUUUCAGGCCAGGUUAAGAAUCUUCCAAGUGCAAAAAUUACUAUGCCAGAUUUAGUAGUUGAAAGGGAUGGGAAAUACACUUGGAGGACAGACCUUCUUGCCUCAAAAGAUUACUGGAAGGAGUGGUUUACGGGUAUGAACAAGUGAUUCCUUGAGACUAAAGUCCCUAAAACUCUUGUAAUCGCUAGCAAUGAUAGAAUGGAUACUGAACUAACCAUUGCUCAGAUGGGUGGCAAAUUCAAACUUGCUUCAAUGCUGGAUGUUGGUCACACCAUUCAAGAAGAUGCCCCGACUGAAUUAGCAGCCCAGUUCCGUGACUUCAUUAAUACAUUCAAGAUCAAGGCAAAGUUUAACGAAAGAAGAGUAAUUAUUGGAGCAAAUGGCAGAGAAAUAGUAAUUGAUCAUUAA